AUGAUAUGGCAGAGCUUUGACUAUCCUACAGAUACUUUGCUUAAAGGCAUGAAGGUUGGGUUGAAUUGGAGAACAGGGAUGCACUGGUUCUUAACAUCUUGGAAAUCAAAAGAUGACGCUGGAGCUGGGGACUACGUCUAUACGCUAGAUCCUGCUCGCUCUCCACAGUUCUUCUUGUAUAAUGGUUCGACCCCAUUAUGGCGGACUGGUCCAUGGCUAUGGCCCUCAUCAGCAGCAGAAACAACCACGUCUGAUGUUAAAAUCAAUUUUGUUUACAAUCAAGAUGAGAUAUCUUACUCCUACUUUUUUGAUGACCCUUCAGUCAUUACAAGAGUAGUGGUGGACAGCUCUGGAUUGUUCCAGCAACUUAUGUGGAAUGACGGUUAUCAUCAAUGGAAGGAACUCUGGUCAGCGCCUAGAUACCUGUGUGACAAGUAUGGGCAAUGUGGUAAGAAUAGUAUAUGCAGUGCUGAGGAUGACUAUAGUGAUAGGUUCGAGUGUUUGUGUUUGCCAGGAUGUGAACCCAAGUCUUCGAGGGAUUGGUAUCUCAGAAAUGGUUCUGAAGGGUGUGUGAGGCAGCAGUUGGGGUUGUCGAUGUGUCGGAAUGGAGAAGGGUUUGUGAACGUGGGGCGUGUGAAGCCACCUGUUACACCAGACGCAGCUCAGCUGGACAGGAGUAUGAGUGACGCAGAGUGCAAGACGGGGUGCUUGAGGAAUUGUUCUUGCACAGCUUUUAUGAGCUUAAAUGUUGAUGGGAAGGGGAUUGGUUGCUGGACAUGGUAUGGUGACUUGGUGGACAUUGAAUGGCAUACAAAUAAUGGGUUUGAUCUAAACGUUCGUGUGAAUGCGAGUGAAUUAGUAUUAUCUGUUGCCGUGCUCUUGUUUCUGGGAUCUUUACUAGCCUGUAUAUGGUUACUGAGGAGGAGGAAAACAAAAGGGAUAUUAUACACAUAUAUAGAGAGAUUUGAUAUGCUAUUCUUGGCUAUACAGAUCUUUAGGACUUGA